AUGUCUUCCAGGGGCAAAACACCAAAUAGGGAAGGAGGGGAGGAGUCAUCCCUCAUGUUGCAGGCCAUGCAACAACAGUUUGAGCACAUGAACGUGGUGUUUAAUGAUAUUCGGGAUCGGAUGGAUAGGCAAGACGCUGUUAUUGCUUCUUUGUGUGAGGAGCAUCCUCGAAGAGCCCCUAAUGCUAGUAGGCAAGGAAGGUGUGCACACGUUGAUGAUUCUGAUGACUACCAUGAGGAUGAGUUUGAAGAUGAAGAUGAUCAAGCUUCAUUGAACAAUGAGGGCAGGUUUGCACCAAGGGGAGAAAGGCGUGGUAGAGGUUUCCGAAGAGAUCCAAGAUGGCUAGAUGGGACUGACAGAAACCUAGGAAACAUAAAAAUGAAGAUACCAUCGUUCCAAGGGAAAAAUGAUCCAGAAGUGUAUUUGGAGUGGGAGAAGAAGGUGGAGUUCAUCUUUGAGUGCCACAACUACUUUGAGGAGAAAAAGGUAAAACUAGCUGUGAUUGAGUUUACUAACUAUGCUAUUAUAUGGUGGGAUCAACUUGUGAUGAACAGAAGAAGAAACUAUGAGAGACCUAUUGAGACGUGGGCGGAAAUGAAGGCCACCAUGAGGAGGCAGUUUGUCCCUAGUCACUACUAUAGGGACUUGUAUCAGAAAUUACAGAGUCUUACUCAAGGCUAUAGGAGCGUGGAUGACUAUCACAAGGAGAUAGAAAUUGCCAUGAUUCGGGCUAAUAUAGAGGAGGAUAGAGAAGCUACUAUGGCAAGGUUUCUGAAUGGGCUAAAUCAAGACAUUGCCAACGUGGUGGAGUUACAGCACUGUGUGGAGUUGGAGGACAUGGUGCACAUGGCAAUAAAGGUGGAAUGGCAGCUUAAAAGGAAAGGAACUCAGUCUUUUCAAAAUACGGGCUCUUCUGCUUCAUGGAGGUCAAAUGGGAGGAAAGACGAAGGGGCUGUUUUCAAAUCCAAAACCAAACCACCAAAAAGGAGAAAUGAAGCUCCUAUUGUCAACAAAGGUAAAAAUGAAUCCCAAACUCGUAAUCGUGGUAUUAAGUGUUUUCGUUGUUUGGGAGUAGGUCAUAUAGCUUCACAAUGCCCAAAUAAGAGGACCAUGAUUGCACGUAUUGAUAGAGAGAUGGAAACUGAAAGCGAGGGAGAUGAUGACCAAAUUCCAUUACUUGAGGAUGCUUGUGAUGACAAUGUGGAGUAUCCAGUGGAGGGUGAGUCACUUGUGGCAAGGCGUGCUUUAAGUGCCCAAGUCAAAGAGGAUGAUAUGGAACAACAAAGGGAGAAUAUUUUUCAUACUAGAUGCCACAUCAACAAUAAGGUAUGUAGUAUGAUCAUUGAUGGGGGGAGUUGUACUAAUGUGGCUAGCACUACUUUAGUGGAAAAAUUGAAUUUAUCUACCUUGAAACACCCUAGACCAUAUAAGUUGCAGUGGUUGAAUGAUUGUGGAGAGGUUAAGGUAAAUAGGCAAGUAUUGGUUUCUUUUUCAAUUGGGAGGUACAAGGAUGAAGUACUUUGUGAUGUUGUUCCAAUGCAUGCGGGUCACAUUUUAUUGGGUAGGCCUUGGCAGUUUGAUAGAAAGGUCAAUCAUGAUGGGUUCAAGAAUAGGCAUUCUUUUGUAAAAGACAAAUAUGAGGACGUGUUUCCUAACGAUGUGCCUAGUGGAUUGCCACCUAUUAGAGGAAUAGAACAUCAAAUUGAUUUUGUGCCAGGCAGAUUUGUUGUGGUCUAUUUUGAUGAUAUUUUGGUGUAUAGUAAGAACUUAGAUGAGCAUAUCAAACAUUUGCAUUGUGUGCUUGCUGUUUUGAGAAAAGAAAAAUUAUAUGCCAAUUUAAAGAAAUGUUCUUUUUGCAUGGACAAAGUUGUGUUUCUUGGUUAUGUUGUUAGUGCGAAAGGAAUUGAGGUGGAUGAGGUAAAUGUGAAGGCUAUCAAGGAAUGGCUCACACCUAAGUCAAUCACUGAGGAAUAG